AUGACGUCGUGGUACUCCAACAUCCUCACGAGGACGACGUCGCAGAUCUCGUCGCUGCGCGCCACUCUGCUCUCGUCGGACGCCGAUGGCGACACCGAAGACGACACCCACGUUUGCCGCGUCCUCCGCAACUACUACAACGACAAGGGCCGUCCGCUGCCUCCCUGGCUGCCGCCCGACCCCAAGGCCGCCGUCCCCGUUCCCCAGACGCUCUAUGCGCAGCCGCAGGCCGGCUCUCGUUACGGCCUUGGCGCACCGCAGCAGCAAGGUGGCGGUGCUGCCGGCGGUCCCUUGAGCAGUCUGUGGGAUAGCGCAGGUCCCAGCAGCGGCCCUCCGCCCUCCCGACCCCAGAACCUCCGCGCGGGUCGAUCGAUGCCGGUCGGAAUGAUGGUCGGUACCGCAAGAGGAGGUGGCGGCGGCGGCGGCGGGGGAGGAGGUGUUGGAGUCGGAGGCGGAGCACCACCACCACCUCCUCCCGCCUCUGCGUGGGACGAUGGCAACGGAGCGCGUCCGCUGCCGAGCCAACGUGCGGGCAGCUACCAGCCCGCCGCCGCCGGAGCCGUGCCCGCCGGCACAUCGGCCCAGGAGCGUCUCCGGCAGCGUUUCUGGGGCGGCACCUCGUCGCGGACGCAGAGUCCCCUGCAGAACAGCGUCUCGCAGCAGGGUCCCUUCCAACCGCCCGGUGGCGGUGCCGGCGCCGGUGCCGCGCCGUCCAGCUACGAUGACCGCUACGCGCCCGACUCUGCUUACGACGCCGGCGGCGGCGGCGGUGGCGGGGACCCAAGGCAGGGCCUCCCUACCUUUUCGAGGAGGCAAGGUCUGCCCAACGGGCCGAGGGGGUACCGGUGA